AUGUUCUUUGCAGGUAUUCUCCAUACCUUAACUCAGAUCCCAAAGGAUUUAUAUAAUGCUGGAGUCGAAGACUGCAUGCAUGCUAUUUCUAUUCCAACAGGAAUGAAUUCUAAGUACGGAACACCAAUUAAACUUGAACAACUUUCAACUCUUAAAAAUUCAAUCACAAGAAAAUUGAACAACUACUUCCCAGGUGAGGACUUCAGCUCCAAGCUUGAAUACCUUUAUGAUGCUAGCUUCUGGGCAAAUCCAAAGACAAUUAAGCUUUAUUUCAAUGGCUACAGUGUUAAGACAGGAAACUCUGUUAACUUCCUUGUUGCAUUAACAAAGACCAUUACCAGUGAGAAGAUUUUGUUCGAAUACGAAACAGUUCUUGUUCCAUACAAGUUCGAUAAGUCAUUCGCCUGCCUUACAACAAUCAACGAGGUCAAUGGCAAGAUCGAUGAAGUCAAGUGCUCAAUGGCAGACUCCAAGAUCACAAAGGAGAUGAUCGCAUGCGUUGCUGCUUCCAUUGCUCCAGAAUACUUCUCCAUGACAUUCCCAUUCUCAGAAGCCUCAACAAAGUAUGUUGAUUACAUCAAGGCCCACCUUUCCAAGUACCUCUCAUUAGUUAAGUAUCUCAAGGCUGAUGAAGUUAAGGACGCCAUCAAGAAGUUCGAGGAGAAGAAGAGAGUUGACUUCGAUGCAAUCGUUCAGCAAGUUAAGGAUAAGUGCUUCGUCCAACCACCAGAGGAAGGAGAAGAUGGAGAUGAAGAUGGAGAUUUAAAGAAACUCGUAGAUGAAACCAAAAAACUUCAAGAUCUCUUCGAGGAAAUGAUGAGAAGACCAAGAAAGAACACACAUAAGAGACAACGCCGCCAUCAUUAUCACGUAAGAGGCUAA